GGGGGCCCUCGACGUCGGGUUCCAGGGUCCUUCACGUUCCAGUCUCAGGCUGGUUCGAGCUCAGGGACCGUGGUCCCGCGGCCUCCUCCGGUUGUUGUGCGGAAGCUGCGACGCAGGGCCUGAGGGCAGUGUCACCCUCGCAGAACGUGAGGAAUGUGGACUGGGUCCUAGAUCUUUGCCUCCACUUCCCAAGUGCUGGGCCCCACCCAGUCACACACUUCAAGCCUGCCCACAUCUGCCUCCCACUGCUGCGUAUGCCAUCUUACAGGCAGACCAUGGCAGAGUUCUCCCAGAAACGGGGGAAGCGGCGUGGCGACGAGGGGCUGGGCAGCAUGGUGGACUUCCUCCUGGCCAAUGCCCGCCUGGUGCUGGGCGUGGGCGGGGCUGCUGUUCUGGGCAUUGCCACCCUGGCCGUGAAGCGGUUCAUUGACAGGGCCACUAGCCCACGGGACGAGGAUGACACCAAGGGAGACAGCUGGAAGGAACUGAGCCUGCUCAAGGCCACACCACACCUGCAGCCCCGGCCUCCACCUGCUGCCCUCAGCCAGCCAGUGUUGCCCUUGGCCCCCUCGCCCUCUGCCCCAGAGGGGCCUGCAGAAACUGGUCCUGAGGUGACACCACAGCUCAGCUCCCCAGCACCGCUGUGUCUGACACUGCAGGAGAGGCUGCUGGCCUUCGAGCGGGACCAUGUGACCAUCCCAGCAGCCCAGGUGGCUUUGGCCAAACAGCUGGCUGGCGACAUUGCCCUGGAGCUGCAGGCCUACUUUCGGAGCAAGUUCCCGGAACUGCCCUUUGGGGCAUUUGUGCCUGGGGGGCCACUGUAUGAUGGGCUGCAGGCAGGGGCCGCGGACCAUGUGCGUCUCCUGGUGCCACUGGUGCUGGAGCCGGGCCUAUGGAGCCUGGUGCCGGGCGUGGACACUGUGGCGAGGGACCCUCGCUGCUGGGCCGUGCGCAGGACUCAGCUUGAGUUCUGCCCCCGCGGGAGUAGCCCCUGGGACCGCUUCCUGGUCGGGGGCUACCUCUCUUCCCGCAUCCUGCUGGAGCUACUCCGAAAGGCGCUGGCUGCCUCUGUCAACUGGCCGGCCAUUGGCAGCCUUCUUGGGUGCCUGAUCUGGCCCAGCAUGGCCUCAGAGGAGCUGCUGCUCGAGGUGCAGCACGAGCGCCUGGAGCUCACCGUGGCUGUGCUUGUGGCAGUCCCUGGGGCCGAUGCUGACGACCACCUCCUCUUGGCCUGGCCCCUGGAGGGGCUGGCGGGGAACCUCUGGCUGCAGGACCUAUAUCCAGUGGAGGCUGCAAGGCUGCGAGCCCUGGACGACCAUGACGCUGGGACCCGCCGUCGGCUGCUGCUGCUGCUGUGUGCUGUCUGCCGUGGCUGCUCGGCCCUGGGGCAGCUGGGCCGGGGUCACCUGACCCAGGUGGUCCUACGUCUGGGGGAGGACAAUGUGGACUGGACGGAGGAGGCCUUGGGUGAGCGCUUCCUGCAAGCCCUGGAACUGCUCAUCGGCAGCCUGGAGCAGGCCAGCCUGCCCUGCCACUUCAACCCCAGCGUGAACCUCUUCAGCAGCUUGCGUGAGGAGGAGAUUGACGACAUUGGCUAUGCGCUGUACAGUGGCCUACAGGAGCCUGAGGGGCUGCUGUAGGUGGGUGGGAACGGGUGGCUGGCGUGUUUUCUAAUGCUGGGAAGCUGCGCCCACCUCCCUUCCGGGGAUUUGAAUAGUGGUUUUUCUCUAGCUUUUAGCCAGAACAAAAGAGGGUACAUUACUUAAACCCAGGGCAUCGGGAUGUGCUUGGGCUAUGGUGGCCGUAAACCCUGAGCCCAGAGAGCUUGGGUCACUGUCACCUGAGUACGGCUGGGCUGGCUCAGGCAGCUUGGAGUGCCAGCCAUUUCUGCAAGCACCUUUUCAGCCCUUGGGGCCAACCCCAGGACCUUGGCUCUGUCCAUCACCAGCAACCAAUCCACCGACAGAAUGUGGUUUCUGCCAUCCUGGGCAGAAGCUAAAGGCCAACUUCACAUUUCUGCUGAGAGAAGGCGACUUACCGCCUUCUCCGGCCCCAGCUCCAGGCGUUUUGAGGCCUCUGGUGCCUGGUGGUAGGUAUGGUGUGUUUGUUCUGUCCCCCGGGCGCUGGAAUCACCUGGUGUCCCUGAAUGACAGCUUUUUGGCUGUUAAAGGAUGGCGUUUUCCUGCUGUCUUCUGUGCGUUUAGUUUUCUUGUUGUGUUCUCGAGCCCUGGAGCAGGAGCUCAGUGUGACUUGCUACCCACCUGAUACCUCAGGGCAAGGCCCUUUUUCCCUCCAGCCAGGUGAGUGUUUUCUUCAAGCAGCUGAGGGCCCUGGGGGAGCUGAGGCUCUGUGCUGCGCCCCCCGCCCACAGCUGGGGCAUAUCACUGGAGCUCUUCCAGGCCCCACUGGAGAGCAGAGGGCCUGAUCCCCCACCAGAGGGGUCCGGUGUGCAGAGCCGGCCUCCCAGUGUGCCAAAAUGAACUGCUCUCAGCCGAUGGCUGUAUUCUGACUUUGAAGCCCGUUAGAGGUAGCAGGGGGGCUAGAGGAGGGAGAUUCCACCUCCCUUCCCAAGUGAUCCUCCUCCUGCCUCUGGUAUCCUUCCUGCUGAAAUGAAGCUCUGCUUCGAAGAGGUGAACAAGAAUAAAAGAAAAUUCUAACGUGUAA